GUCUUUCUUACUUGCAUUCGUCCCCGUUUCCAUCUUCUCCGUCGUCGUAGAUCACCAUUUCUUCUUGUCUUUGUCUUCCUGCUUCUCUUCUCUCGCAUUCCAGUUCUGAGCGGACAACAUCUCGUCACAUCCCAAAAUUCCCAGCAGAUUCUGAGUGGGUGCAACGUGUGUGUGCACAACUUGCUCCGCCUUACAACCAUGUCCUACUCAGACCCUCGAGACUCGGUCUUGAACAAGCCAAAGCCGGUCAUCCAUCUGCCCAAAGACCUUCUGGAUCGUAUCACCAAAGGCGCUGAGCCAUAUCCCAUCCAACCGGGGAGAAAGUAUGAAUAUGGCACUGCAGGAUUCCGCAUGAAAGCAAAUGUCGGUUUGGACCAUGUCAUCUACACCGUUGGGCUUAUCGCGGCUCUCCGUUCCAAGAAGCGCAAUGCGACUAUUGGUAUCAUGAUCACCGCCAGCCACAACCCGGCGGAAGACAACGGAGUCAAGUUGGUUGACCCUAUGGGUGACAUGCUUGAGCAAUCAUGGGAAGCAUAUGCGACUGUCCUGGCCAAUACUCCCAGUGAGAAGCUUGGAGUGGAGUAUGAGAAAUUGCUCAACGAGACCUUGAUCAGCAACAUCAGCCAGCUCCAUGAACGACCAGCGAAAGUGGUCUUUGCCCGCGACACUCGCGCUUCGGGACCGUACCUGGUCACCGCUCUCAAAGCCGCCUUGGACGCGGUUAAUGUUGAGUAUGUUGACCAUGGCCUCAUGACCACCCCGCAGCUGCAUUACAUUGUCCGCUGCAUCAACACCAUGAAUUCUCCAUACGCUUUUGGCGUGCCGACCGAGCAAGGCUACUAUGAAAAGAUGGCCAAGGCAUUCAAGACCAUCAUGCACGGCCGUACCAUCCAAGGACCUAUCACUGUCGACUGUGCCAAUGGCGUUGGAGGACCCAAGUUGAGAGAACUGAUCAAAUACUUGCCAUCCGCGAAGGAAGGCGGCAUCGACAUCAAGGUGGUCAAUGACGAUGUGGUCAAACCGGAGGCCCUCAACUUCGAUUGCGGUGCAGAUUUCGUCAAGACUAAACAGCGCGCUCCCCCAAGUUCCAACGCGCAACCAGGAGAUCGUUGCUGCUCCCUUGACGGCGAUGCUGAUCGAGUGGUCUAUUACUACACCGAUGAGCAGAACACAUUCCAUCUUCUGGACGGCGAUCGCAUUGCUACUCUCGGCGCCGUUUUCCUUGCGGACAUGACUCGUGUCGCCGGGAUUGACCAGAAAUUGAAGAUUGGAAUCGUCCAAACUGCCUACGCUAAUGGAGCUGCCACCGAGUACGUGGAGAAAGUCCUAAAGCUGCCAGUCACAAUCACUCCCACUGGCGUCAAACAUCUCCACCAUGCUGCUGCCCGAUACGACAUUGGUGUGUAUUUCGAGGCGAAUGGGCAUGGCACGGUGCUGUUUUCGGAGAACGCGAUCAAGCUCAUCAGAGAAUCUGAACCCAAAUCCCCUGGCCAGAAACAUGCUCUGGACUCCCUUCGUGCUUGCAUCGACCUGAUCAACCAAGCCGUCGGUGAUGCCAUCUCUGAUAUGUUGUUCGCUGAAGUCGUGCUUGCUCACAAAUCCUGGACGCUCGAGAACUGGCGCAACACUUACAUCGACCUCCCGAACCGCCUGGUGCGCGUCGUGGUCAAUGAUCGCUCCAUUUUCAAAGCAGUCGACGCAGAGAGGAGACUCGAGUCACCCAAGGGCGCCCAGGAGGAGAUUGACAAGUACUGCCAGAUGUAUGUCAAGGGUCGCGCCUUUGCUCGGGCUUCUGGGACGGAGGAUGCGGUCCGCGUGUAUGCCGAAGCCCACUCCAAGACCGAGGCGGAGAAGCUUGCCAGUCAAGUGGCCGAGGUGGUGAGGAAGUACGGUACGAUGUAGGGAGAAUAAACAGCGAAACGGAACGUGUCAUGACAAAGAUGAUUUGCUCGGUUGGUUCACGAACAUUCUCGCAUGCAUGAGUGUUGGACACGCCGAGAUGACAUGGAAUGGCAUAGCGAAUGGCGCAAUCUGAGCAGGAUGGAUGGAUUCCCCAGGCGGAAAUUUCACGAAGCAUGAGAUAGGCUGACGCGCGGAUACCCCCAAUACCAAAAAGUGCUGCUGUUUUCCUUUGCUGAGUAGUUGUUGCUGGACGCUCUCCACUGCUACGGACAAAGCCCAAGUCGCUGGCUGUUGUGGGAUCUCAUUCCUCGCAUUCUCGCUCUAUCAAACCCAUCCGUUUUGGGUCAAUAUGGAAAUCU